ACAUUUUUCUCUCUUCACCCAAUCAUAAAACUCCAUCAACUACAGUUUCCAGCAAAAGGGUUCAUCCAUGUUGUCUCUUUCUUCAACCCCUUCUCAUCUUUCCUCUUCUUUUCUCUCUUUUACCCUUCAUUCCCCCAGCCCCAAGUCCUCAAAUUUCAAGAUUUUCAAGGUGCCCAUCAGCUGUGGGGGCACAAAGAUGACAACUUUGGUGACUAAUACAAGUUUUGGGUUCAAGAAUUUGAUUGAGACAUUCACAGUUAAUGUUCAGAAGGCUGAGGGGAGGGAAUUGAAUGUGCCUCUGAUUGCCCCUUUUACUAUAGCUACAUCCAGGCUUGAGAAAGUUGAGAAUGUGGCUAUUAGGAUUGAGUUGAGUAAUGGGUGUGUUGGGUGGGGUGAGGCUCCUAUUCUUCCUUUUGUCACAGCUGAGGAUCAGCCUUUGGCUUUGAAGAAGGCGGCGGAGGCUUGUGAGUUUUUGAAGAGGAGUCCUGGUAUGACUUUGAGCUCAGUGUUGGGUGAGGUUGGUGGGAUUCUUCAUGGCCAUCAAUUUGCUUCUGUCAGAGCGGGGGUCGAGAUGGCCCUGAUUGAUGCAGUUGCUAAUAGCAUUGGCACACCUUUGUGGAGACUGUUCGGUGGAGUUUCAGAUACAAUAACCACUGAUAUUACAAUUCCAAUUGUUUCCUCUUCUGAAGCUGCUCAAUUGGCUUCAAAGUAUCGUAAACAAGGAUUUAAAACCUUGAAGCUUAAGGUGGGUAAGAAUUUGAAUGGAGACAUAGAAGUACUUCAAGCAAUACGCACUGCGCACCCUGAUUGCUUGUUCAUCUUAGAUGCUAAUGAAGGUUACACCUCAACGGAAGCUAUUCAAGUUCUUCAGACAUUACAUGAAAUGAAGGUGACUCCAGUUCUGUUCGAGCAGCCAGUUCACAGGGAUGACUGGGAAGGUCUUGGGCAUGUUACUCGCAUUGCAAAAGAAAAAUAUGGGGUAUCCGUUGCCGCCGAUGAAAGUUGUCGGGGUUUGGCUGAUGUCAAGAAGAUAAUUAAAGAAAAUCUAGCAGAUGUCAUUAAUAUCAAGCUUGCUAAAGUUGGAGUAAUUGGGGCCCUUGAAAUUAUUGAGUUGGCAAGGGCAUCGGGCUUGGAUCUGAUGAUUGGUGGUAUGGUUGAGACUAGACUCGCUAUGGGUUUCGCUGGUCACCUUGCCGCAGGGCUCGGAUGUUUCAAAUUCAUUGACCUAGAUACCCCACUUCUGCUGUCAGAAGAUCCAGUUUUUGAGGGCUAUAAAGUUUCUGGUCCUGUUUAUAAGUUUACAAAUGCCAGAGGCAGUGGCGGUUUUCUCCAUUGGGACAACAUUAGAUGAUGCUUAAUUUUUGAUAGCAUGUGUUCGGUUGGACUGCUGCUUUAUGAAGCUCUGUGAACAGUCCACCAGGCUGGAAGUCGCUAGAACAAAAUAGUUAUCCACGAUUCACGAAUUAAGCAUUCUGAAGUAACUAGUCCCGGGAAAUAAGUAUGUGCAGGUGAUCUAUGUUGUUUUAUUAAUGUGCAAGCUCUUUCAUGUGGCUACCACAAUGUGAAGAAUAGUUGGUAAUUUCUUGAAUUGCUAAUUUGUGAAGGUGUUACAGUUGAAAAAUGAACUAGCUUCUUUAUCUGGAUACAUUUAAAGCCAUGGUUGAUAUAUCUUUCGGUUUGCGAUUAUAGACUAUCUUAAGAAA